AUGAAAAAAGGUUCGGUGUUUGCUAAUAAGAAAGGUCCUUUAGGAAACGGAUUUGGCACACCAAUUAAUAGCUCAUCUACAUCAUCCUCUCUUUUUGAUAAUAGUCUUCAACAACAGCACCCAUUAGGAUCUGGUCGAAAUUGGCAAGCAACACCAACCAAUACACGUCGAUUACCACCUCCUCUUCAUCAUCAUCUACAUUCGUCGAAUUCAUCAACAAGUAUACGAGCAUAUACGAUGGCUCCUACUACUAUUCUCAGUACAAAUACGCCUAAUACGAGUAGAGUCAAACCAUAUACAAUGCAAAGUCUUGUAGAAACUCUCAAUGAAUUACUUGCUGAACUUGCUAUUCCUCAUUCGAUGCGUUAUGAAACAAAAUAUGGUUUUGAAGAUAUUCUUACUGUUCUCGAUCAUCUAACAAAUCCAUCUCGGUAUGAAAAUCAACGUUUUCAACCAUAUCCACCUGCACCUCAACCAAUAAAACCAGGCGGAAAAGUUUCAUUGACAGAUCGCUGGGCAUAUCUAAAACAUGUUCUACUGACAUAUCGUCUUUCGACUGUUGAACAACUCACACGGAUUAAACCAGAACGUUCAAUGUCAACUGAAAAUAUUAUGAUUAUGAUUGAAUUAUUAAUUCAAUUAACAAAAUGUAUUAUUAAAAGUGAACAAGAACAAGAACGUAUAUUAGGAAAUAAUUAUUUAAGAGAAUUUAAAUUAUUAAUGCGUCAAAUGUUUUGGAUUGGCCGACAUGAUCCAGCUGUGAUGGAAGAAUCUAUGUAUGAAUUAAGACAUCAUAUUUAUGCUAAAGAUAAUCUUGAAAUAGUUGAUAAAUUAAAACAUGAAACACAAAUGAAUGAAAUGGCUAUGGAGCGUGAUCAACUUAAACAACAAUAUGAAAUAUUAAAAUCAAAUCGUAAUGAGCUUGAACAUGAAUCUUCGAUGUUAACAGCAUCAAAUGAAAAUGAUCUUAUUGAGUUUAGAAAAAAACAAGAAGAAAUAUCAGACGAACAAGCUAAACUACUUGAAUUAACGCAAAUUGUUGAACAAAAAGAAAUGGAUAAAAAACAUUUAACUGAUCGUAAUCAAUCAUUAUCAGAUCGACUUUUUUCUCAACAAACCGAUGCUGAAUUACAACGGCAUAUUCGUUCGAAUGGUGAACUUAAACAACAACAUGAAGUUCUACUGUCUACAUUACUUCUUGAACAACAAUUACACUCAACAGCAACUAAUGAGCAUAAACGAUUUGUCAAAGAAUUACAAGAAUCACUUGCUAAAUAUCAAACAUUACUUAGUACAUAUAAACAUAAAGCACCUCGACCACCACCGCCUACUGUUGAUUUUUAUUUGAGUGAUAUUAUUGGUGAUACAACAUCGAUUGUAGAUAAUGACUCGGUAAAGCAAGCUCAAAUAGCAAUUGAAAAUUUAACAAAAGAAAUCCUGGCUCAAGAAAUUUUAUUGACUCAACGUCAUCGAGAUCUUGAACAGGAGUCAAAAAAAAAAAUUGAAGAACUCCAAUCAGCUGAACGUGAAUGGAAAUCAGCAACUAAAAAUGGUCAACGACGAGCAGCCCAACAGAAUGAAUUAAGUCGUUUUCAACAAGAAAUCCGUCUUGUACGCACAAAAAUUCUUGAAAUUGAACGAAAAAUUGAAGAAAAGAAAAGUUCAACAAUUGAACUAAAAAAAGAUUUCGAACAGAUAAAAUCAGGCAUUAUUGAGCUUGUAUCCCGUUUCGAAUUCUUAGAAACAAAUUAUUUGAAUAAAGAAGAAGAACUUCGAGGUGAAUUAUCAUGGUUUCUAUUCGAUCAAACGCAAUUAGCAAAAACAUUUCGACGUGAUAUUGACGACUUGAAACGUAUACAACAAGAGCAUAUGUGCAAAUUAGAUACAAAUUUACUAGCAUCAUCUUUCAAUGAUCUUAUGCAACAACAAGUCAAUAAAUAUUAUCAUUAUAGACAUUUAGAAGAUGAUGACGACGAUGAAGAUGAAGAACCAGAAUUUGUUAAUAAAUUCAAUCAAAUACAUGACGAACAUGUUUCAUGGUUGAAAAAGAAAAAGAAAAACGCAAAGAUUACAACGUCAAUAGUCGAACGAUUUCACGAACUCUAUGAUCACGUGCACGUGCUUGAUAAGAACUGA